AUCCUUUCGUACAAGGCCUAUAGGUGUCUAUUCGAAUCAAGGCUCGUUUGAUGUCCCACGCACUCCCAUAUGUCUCUGAGUGACGCUACUGCCGAUACUGAUCCGAGUAGUCUUGCCUGCGCCGUUACAGUGGAUAGAAACCAGAGCAGAUUACCAGAGAAGACAUCAAGAACAGAUCGGAUCAAUCUAAUUCUUCAAUCUCUCUCUCCUAGCAUUAUUUCUUUUCACUCUAGAACCUAUCGAUUCGCUAUCUCUGAGUCUAUCGCUAGACAAGUAGACAACUCUACCUCUGAGCUAGCUAUAGAACAAGUAGCACCCUCCUUAUUCCAACUAGUGUUACUCUCUUUUUACCUCUACUACUAUGUCCACCCUCUCGAUUAACUAUAUAAAAGCUCUUUCCGCGCUUUAAGAGAGUAGAGUUAUUUAUGUCUAAGCUGGAAAUAAUUAAUGAGGUCCUAGAAGAGCUGUCUAAUAAUAAUUAGGUUACAUUGUAUAAAUAUAUGCCUAUUAAUAAUAAGCGAC